GGUGGAAAAGGCGCCACGGUGGUUGAUACCACGUCCGUCUAGUAGUCCGCGUGUUACCUUUAAAGUACGUGGAGUACUGCAUCGGUAUCGUCUUUUUUCCCUUAACGAUAAAAUUUUCAGGAAACGACAAUUUUGUAAUGAAUAAAAAUAAAUAAUAUAUUUUUAAAAAACAAUAACUUUAAAAAUGUGUAAAAAAAAUUAUAUUUGCAGACAGGAAGAGAUGAAUUGUGUUGAAACAAAGUUGUUACUGUAAACAAAGACGAUAUAACAUUGUAAUAAUAACAAUGGUUUAAAAAAUAAGAGAGUGUAAUUGAAGUAUGUAGAAGGAAAACAGUAGAGAAAUGAAGUUAAUAUAAACAAUAAAGUUUGUUGGUAACAAAGUAAAAGUUCCGUCUGUUGAUUGACGUCACGAAGCUCAGAUAACAAUACUGCAAAUGUGGCUCUGUGUACGGUGAGCCGGGAUAACCGUGGCCGUAAGGCCCGGGGUGGAAUAACACGAACCGGCGGAGCUAAAAUAUCUUUAAGUACACGCGCGUUGUGUGUUCCGGGACCAGUGGCGGGGCCGCACGGGCCUAGUGGCGGUGGUGGUGGUGGUGGAGGCAGUGCUGGUGGUAGUGCUGGUAGUGGUGGCCCUGGUGGGCCUGGUGGACAUGUAUCAACUCAACAAUAUCAUCAACAUCAACGAGAUCAUCUCACGACGCCGACUCAUGGACAAAAUACUGAUGAAACGAGCAAUGCUGUCGACGAGCCCAUGGUUCCUGUUGAAAGAGCUCAAAAUACAGGAACCUGGAUUUGUUGCAUGCCCUGCUACUGGGUUAAACAGAGCAAAUCUGUUCAUAAAGCCCUGCUAACUUUUGCUAUGCUACUUGUUACAAGUUUACUUGUUACUAGUCCCGUUUUAUUUUUGAUUACCACUCUGCCAGAUGCUGAUCAACCACGAAAUUGUGCUCCCUUGGACGAAGCGUGCAUUAGAGAACGAGAUGGACAGGAUGAAAUAUGUGUUACGAAAGCAUGCAGUGAGGGUUCAAGAAAAAUGUUGGCAUCGAUGAACAGAGAUGUGGAUCCAUGCAACGAUUUUUAUCAAUUCGCCUGCGGUAGUUUUCGUGACCGAGAAUCAUCUCCAUCUAGCUCUAGCUUUACUAUUCUUCAGAAGCAAAUCGAUCGUAAAAUUCAAACAUUACUGGCCAAUGAAACAGGAAAGAUGGUCGGUGUUUUCGAGAAGAUGGGAUUUUUUUAUUCAAACUGUGUUGCCCAAGCUGAAAAAGCAGUCAACUUCACACCAGUUUAUUCGCUGCUAGAAGAAUCGGGUGGCUAUAUACCUCCAAAAUCAUCAGCCUCAACGGAUAUAACUCUUCUGGUGGCGACACUUCUUAAAAUAAAUGGCGCACCUCUUUUUGAUUUCUAUGUUGAUGUCGACUUGUACGAUCACUCACGGGUAUCAGUUUUUCUCGAUCUGCCCUCGAGACAUUUAGCAGAUUCGUUUUUCUCGAAUAAAUAUAAAGACGGACCUAGAUGGCACGCGGAAGCUAGUAUGAAGAAAGUAAUCCGUAAAAAAAGAUCAAAUCCUGCUGAGAGUCAAGCGUACACCGUUAUCAAGAAUUCAAGAGAUGAAUAUAGAUGUCGAAAAAUAGAAAAAAUACUUCAUCAAUAUUUACCAGAGAACAUGGAGAAACGAGAGCGUUCAUAUGAAACUUAUCUUCUUUUACAAUUUUGUUUAUCUCUUAGCAAGAUAUAUCCACGGCAAAAAGAUUUAUAUAAUUGGGUUGAUGUUGAUCAAAGAGUAUACAUCCCGUAUAAUCUGACGUACCUUCAGGAUAACUUCAAUUAUAUAAGGUGGAAGACGCUGUUGAAUAUCACUGUGGAUAAGGAUACUUUUAACGAUUUGUACAAGCAUGGAACUACCGAUGAUCAAUUUGUGUAUGUCUACAUAACUGCGCCUCGAUAUUUUAGAAGUUUGGGGAAAUUGCUCAAUCAAUUUUCAAACAGAGUUGUUCACAAUGGUUUGCUACUUUUGUAUGCAGUGGAUACACUUCAUGACAUUGUGAACGUAACUGCCAGCAACAAUUGGAAUGUUUCCUGCAGUAAAUUGACAAGAAAUUUAUUUUCUGAAAUGGUUGGAGCCUUAUAUGUACAACAAUAUAAACCUCAAUAUUUACAAUUACUGGCCGGUCGAGUCAAUAAUUUAUUCGAGCGAGUUAAGGAAACAUUAGCAGAAAGGAUAUUAGUUAAAUCUUGGCUCGAUGAUGAUACCAGGGCACAAUCUUUACUGAAGCUCACUGAGCUGCGAGGCAAGUUUCACGUUUGGCCUGGUUUUCAUAAUAAGUCUUUAUUGGCGCAUGAAAUGGCUAAGGUAACUAUCGAGCCAGAUUUUUUUACAACUGUCAUUAAAAGAUUUCGACAAAUUCGUAACCUGAAGGACCAAGUUCUACGAGGAACAUUAAAUGAUAGAUGGCGUAAUCCGUAUGCUGUCAAUGCUUAUUACGAAUCUUCAACAAAUUCAAUAGUGAUACCACUUGCUAUGAUGACUGCCUGGUCAUGGUCAUGGGAAGGAGGACCAGCCUAUUCUGCUCAUGCAACUCUAGGCUCCGUAAUCGCACAUGAAAUUCUUCAUGUAUUUGAUCUUCACCAUCGCUUGCCUUUAGAUCCCGAAAUAAAUCUCAAAAACUGGGUUUGGAUAACUCCUAAAUCAUGGAGUCAACUUGAAAGUAAAAUCGAGUGCGUCGCCAGACUUUAUGCUAAAAGAUUCUGGAGAAAAGUUCAAUUCUACGGCAAUGAAGUGGACGUACAAUUUGACUGGAAUGUCACGAGAAAUGAAAACGUUGCUGAUAUUGGUGCUCUACAAAUUUCUUAUCAAACCUGGCAUACACUCACUAACGGAAGAGAUCGAGCUUUGCCAACUUUAGAUGCUCUUCGACCAAGUCAAAUGUUUUUUAUUAGUGCCGCCCAGACUUACUGUACUAACAUGACUGCCGAGGCCUAUAUCCUUUCCGUCGAGCUUGAUUAUCACACUCCGUCUCCAGAGAGAGUUAACGUUGUUAUGAUGAACUCGCCAGCUUUUGCCGAAGCUUUUCGUUGUCCUCUUGGUUCACGAAUGAAUCCGCCUAACAAAUGCAGCACAUGGUGAUAGGAAUAUUAAAUAAUCAGCAAUUACUAUUUUUAAAAUUGAUGGAUCAAUCACAAAAAAAAUUGGCUCAACGUAAGAUACUUUUAGACGAUUUAUGCUGACACUUGUAGAUUUUAAUCGAUUUAAUAAUCAAUGAAUUAAAAAAUUUAUUGACUCGCCAAUAUCCAGAAAACACCAAACGGAGUAUAAAAAAAAAUUAUAAGUCGCAUAAUAAUCGUCGCGUACUUAAUUAAUACGUCGUACGUUUUAAAAGGUAGUUAAUUAUUUUACUGUAAAUAUUAUUAUAUAAUAUAGAAUAUUAUAAAUUAUAAUAAUGUAAAAGAAUAAACUAAGAAACAAUUUUAAAUAAUUUUUAGGCCUUAUGGGAUGGAGAAUUUAUCGAAGCACAUUGAUUAGAUUGUUUGUCUUUUGCAACUAUAAAUGUUAGUAAAGCAGAUCAAUAUCUUGCUAAAAAAAAUUCAGAGUCUGAAUAUUUUGAUCUAAUAUAUAUAUAUACGAUAAGUUAUUUAUUUUAUUAUUUAAGCUUAAAUAUACAUUAUUUAUAUUUAUUAUCACCUUGAAAAUAAAAAUGACGCCUAUAGUAUUACUAAAUUCAUGUUAAUAAUUUACUAAUCUAUUUCUUUGUAAAAAAAUUAUGUUAACAAACUAAUUAAUAUUAAUAGAAUAGAAAUAAUUUAAUUAAAAAUAUUUUUCAGUAAAAUACUGCGAAUAUUUGUCGAAAAAUUUAAUAGAUUUUAGUAAAUUAAUUAAUGCUAUAGAAAAAUGUAAUUUCAUUAUGAAAAUAGAUGUACUAAUAAAUCUUAAGAUACUUUAAACAAAGAAAAGUAUAAACUUUUUUUUGUGGAUAAAAAUAAUCGAUACUUGUACAGAAAAUUGUUGUAAGUUUUUUUUUGUUUUUCAUAAAAACGUUUCUUAAAAAAAAAAAAUUGAAAAAUAAAAAAUUUUUCAAACAAGUGUACCAAUAAUGAAAUUUGGAGGAUUGAAAAUUCACAUUUUUCAAUGAAAGUAUUCAACUGUGAAGGAACAAAAAAAAAAAAAAAACGAAUACCACUGUCAAUAAAAAUUUAUUUUUUUAAUGAAACUUGAAUGUCUUGAUUGGUAAAAUAUAAAUAAACGUUUAUUGAAAAGUUACCGCGAAUUUUGAAUCUCGAAAAA